AUGUCUUCAAUUCCCAAUCCGCAGCUUCGAAUGCCGGGGUUCAAUGUAACGCUGAACCUCCAGCCUGAUCAAAAUGUGAUGUACGGCUUGUACUACGGCUUUCCUAAUGCAUUGGAUGAUAAUGUGCAGCAAGAGGGCUACUUGAGCAACUUGGUGACUCACCGAGAAGUUUUGAUGAUGCGAGUGAUCAACAACAUUACCGAUAAGCCUCAAUGGGAUCAAAAGGUCUUUGAUAAGGGCAUCACGACGAAAUGGCGUAGCGAGAUUGCCCAAAGUGGUCAAGACGUGACUCCUAAGAUGAUGGACUGGAUCAUCGAAGAACUUCAAUGGAAAGCCAACAUCCUUAAAGAGACAGGCUACGUCCGCGUCUUUGAUAUGGGUGUGAUCAAGUCCGAUACCGCCAUAUCGAAAAAGAUACAACAGUCGCUCAAAGAGGCAGUAAAACCUCUCGAGGAUAUGCCGGAGAAAGAUUACCACCCCGGCUCUGACAACAAAGUGGUAAAUCUGGUGCAUCCAUCACUGUUCCCCGUGAUCUAUGGCCAAACUCGGGUGCUUCCGGACAGAGUUAUCGGCCUUAAUGACUGUCUAGGAAGCGUGGGACAAGGAGAUCUUGUCCCCGUUCCUUCGAGUCAAAACUGUGGCCCAGUUUUGAAUAGCCGACAUCAAUAUCACAGUCAAGAGCAAAUAUGUGUCUACAGCGAUAAGUUUCAAUGGCUCCCGUGCGACGUGGAACUUGUCGAUGACGCCAGCUGUCGAAUCACAUCAUACAUCAAUAACGCCCACCCCGUUCAUCAUAAGCCUCUCUAUGAGGUCGUUGAGAAAAUCAUCGCUCGGGCAAUCCCGCUCUGGAACCGCAGUUUGUCCGAAAUUAUCGAUACAAGAAUCAAGUACAAAGCGGUCGAAUAUGGUGAGCAUCCAGAUCCUGAGCCUAUUGAGCCAGAGGGGGAUGAUCACGACGAAGAUGCGUUCUGGGAACUCUAUGAACAGUGGGAGAGUACCCGUCCUAUUAUCCCUCCUGAGCCAGCCAGGUUUGAACCUCAAAAAGAAAUGCUCACUGCCGAUCUACGAGAACAAUUUUCCGACAAGAAGCUGCAGAUUAUCGUGAAGCUGGCGAACAUUGAAUUGAGCCCGGACAAGCCCGAGUAUGAAGGAGGCUCUUGGCACAUUGAGGGACAGCUGAAUGAGCGCAUCUGCGCUACCGCAAUCUACUACUAUGACAGCGAAAAUAUAACCGAUAACUCUUUGGCAUUUCGUCAACGCGGUAUGAUGGAUAUGCUAGAUAUCAGAUACGAGCAAGGGCAUUUCGGAUUCUUACAGACCGUCUUUGGAUUUGGCGAUGAGGUCGAAGGCAACGGGAAUAAUCACGAUAUCACGCAAGACCUUGGAGCUGUCGCUUGCAAAGAAGGUCGGCUACUUACCUUCCCGAACACCGUCCAGCACCGGGUUUCCCCAUUCUCACUAGUUGACCCGUCUAAGCCUGGUCAUCGCAAGAUCCUUGCACUAUUUCUGGUUGAUCCCCAUCGUCGGACUAUCUCCUCGGCCAAUGUGCCUCCGCAGCGGGAGGAUUGGGGCUACGAGAGACAGAAUGCUGUGAAUCAGGCUUUAGCAAAUCUACCAGCGGAGCUGCAGGAUAUAGUUCAAGGUGACUUGGAGCCCCUUAUGACCAUGGAGAAAGCCAAAGAGUACCGACUGGAGCUCAUGGAAGAGCGUGGGCUCAGAUCAGGAAAACACAAUCUGCAUUUUGAAGCCGGUGACUUCCAUCUGUGUGAGCAUUAA